AUUCGCGGAAGUUGUCAUAUAUUCUUACGUGAAAAAGGAAUGGGAGAUUUAUGUACACACAACUGAAAAGAGUAUUUACUUUUAUUGCUACUAUUCCUAUUAGUCCACGAUUUUCAAAAUGGAAGAUGAAUGGGAAGAGGAGGAGCAGAUUGUUGUGGUGGAGCUCUCUGGUAUAAUAAACAAUGACUUCCUGUCCAAGUGUCGGGGCACAUGCAAGAUACUGGAUAUCGACAGUGAAAAGCCAAUGAUGCAAGUGGGACAUUAUGUGUUUGCAGGGGAAUAUGAAGAUACUUUGGGAACUUGUGUGCUGUUUGAGGAGGGACCCCAGAAAAGAAAAGCAGACCGUGGUCCAGAGCUUAAGUACAUGUGCCACACCGUGAAAAAACUGAUGAUGCAACGAAUCUUCCUGGUUGAGAAGAAAGAGGGUGAAACCAGCACAGCAGGAAGUGGUGAUAGUGGUGAGCAGAUGAACACAACAUGUCAGUCCAAUCAAGAAGAAAAUGCCAACCAACAGGGAGAGACAGCAGGUGGUAUGGACAACACAGAUUUGGAAGACUCAGCAGUGUGCUGAGAUACAGAGCCUUUGCUAUAUUCUGACCUCCCUAUACAAGUGUAGAGACACCAGGCUGUGAAGGACUCCAUGUCUAAAACGGACAAUUCAAAUACAGUUCAGUAGAAAAUAAAAGUGUUCGUAUUGGUGUAA